AUGAAUAUUGAAGUUGAAGCAAUCUCCAAUGAGAUUAUCAAGCCAUCUUAUCCAACUCCUAAGAAUCUUGGGCGCUAUCAACUGUCAUUACUCGACCAAUCAUCCCCCAAAUUCUAUAACCCUUUGGUGUUUUAUUACACCAUGAAAACAGGUACUGCUGGUGAAGCAGUACCUACCAGCACCAUUCCCAUCAUUCUGAAAAAGUCCUUAUCAGCCGUCUUAACCCAUUACUACCCUUUAGCUGGACGACUCGAAAAGCAUGGAAAUUUCAUCCACUGCAACGACGAGGGCAUUCCCUUCGUGGAAACCCAAGUGAAUGGACAGCUUUCCCAAGUCAUGUCCAAUCCAGUGGCUCAAGAACUCGACAUCUUCUGCCCAUUUAUGUCUCGUCACGAUGAUGGUGACGAUGCUCAUCAAAUCCUUCUUGGGGUUCAGCUCAACAUGUUUGAGUGUGGAGGAAUCGCCGUUGGUGUUAGCUUUUCUGAUAAGAUUGCCGACGCAUUGUCGUGGAUGAGGUUUUUCAGAACUUGGGCCGCCAUGGCCAGGAGUCCUCGAGCUAUGUUGCCGAAAUCGCUUCGUCCAGAGUUUGUUUCUGCAGCUCUCUUUCCACCUAGACCCCAGCCCAUGAUCGAUGCAGAGACUUGUGUCAUGAAGAAGGGUAUCGUAACAAAGAUUUUUGUCUUCAAUGGCUUCGCAAUCGAGGCCUUGAGAGCAAUGUACUGGGACAAAAAUGGUGACAACAUUCGACCUUCGCGUGUUGAGACUUUAUCUACUUUCUUAAUAAGUAGGUUUGAGGCUGCAAUGUCAAGAAAUAGUAGUAGAGCAAGAGAUGAGGCAAAAGAGAGGUUUUACACCAUUUUACACACUGUGAAUCUUCAUCCCAGGAUGGAUCCACCCUUGGCCGAAAACUCAUUCGGAAACUUCUUAGUGUUUGCAGAGGAUGAACAGUUGAGUAUGAUCCAAGAACGUUCGAAAGAUAUAGAGAAGAGAGGAGGUGAGGUGAUUGAGUUUCAGGUUACUAGUUUGAGCAGAUUCCAUUUUUAUGAAAUUGAUUUUGGUUGGGGUAAGCCUGAUUGGUCUAGCACAGCUGCCUGGAAUUUUGACAAAAUCAUUGCUUUCCUUGACACAAGUGAUGGUGAUGGAAUUGAAGCUUAUGUUAGCUUGAGGGAGGAAGACAUGGCCAAGUUUGAAACUGAUAAGGAGCUUCGCAAAUUCACCUCCUCUCUUCUCUAUAUCUUUCAAACGUUCUUGGAUCAUACUCAACUGUUCAUCCUCUUCUCCCAUUUGGAGUUUAUUCAGAUAAUCCUUGUUCACUUUCUUCACUGCUUGCCUUAUCUUCUUCACAAGUCCACUAGUAAUGGAAGCUUGCCCAUUAAUACUCGAGGCUGGAAAGUGUGUGCCUGCAAACACUAA